AUGGCCAAUUUUUGGCCUCACCAAUUGGUUUUUGUUGCGGCGAUAUGCAUGCUAUCAAUAACCUACGUAGUAGCCGACGAUAAGCCUUACUACUACUCAUCCCCGCCACCGCCUUACCACUACAAGUCACCGCCGCCGCCGUCACCGUCGCCACCACGGCCGUACUACUACAAAUCUCCUCCACCACCUUCACCAUCACCGCCGCGUCCAUAUUAUUACAAGUCUCCUCCUCCGCCGUCUCCAUCACCUCCUCCUCCUUACUAUUACAAGUCUCCCCCGCCACCUUAUUACUAUAAGUCUCCACCGCCACCUUCUCCAUCUCCUCCACCACCUUACUACUACAAAUCACCACCGCCACCGUCACCAUCGCCUCCUCCUCCUUACAUCUACAAGUCACCACCGCCACCGUCACCAUCUCCUCCUCCUCCUUACUAUUAUAAGUCUCCUCCUCCGCCGUCGCCAUCUCCUCCACCACCUUACUACUACAAGUCGCCACCUCCACCAUCACCAUCUCCUCCUCCUCCAUCACCGUCUCCUCCUCCUCCUUACAUCUACAAGUCGCCACCUCCACCGUCACCAUCGCCUCCUCCUCCCUACUACUACAAGUCACCACCGCCACCGUCACCAUCUCCUCCUCCUCCCUACUAUUACAAAUCACCACCGCCACCCUCUCCUUCUCCGCCGCCACCAUACUAUUACAAAUCACCACCGCCACCCUCUCCUUCUCCACCGCCACCAUAUUACUACAAGUCGCCGCCACCACCAUCACCGUCUCCACCGCCACCGUACUACUACAAAUCUCCGCCACCGCCAUCACCAUCCCCGCCGCCUCCUUAUUACUAUUACAAAUCCCCACCACCUCCAGCAACUUACUAA